CUGAACACCGCAACAAGAAGUGAGCAUUGCUAUGGCGUGCCAUGAUCCCUUUGCUUUAUGUGUGAGAUCGUGGACGUUGAAUCGGAUGAUGAUGUCGUGCUGGUGGAAUCCGAUGCUGAGAUCACCGGAGUCACACCAUCGGUACUUUGCGUCGGCGUUGUUGACGCAGGUACUGAGCGCCUAUUGGAUCUUCUGGAGAAGCAUCAAGUCUCCAGCAUCCUUGAUGCCAGAGUCCAGCCCCAGAGAUCUGUGGCCCAGCUGCGGCGCGGCUGCGCCGCGCGUGGCAUUUCCUUCGAGUGGCGCCCGGCCUUAAGCAGCCGAGGUGCUGGUGCAGCUGCUGGGGAUCGUGCUGCUGCAGUCUUACGUUUAGCCGCUGCAGCCAGAGGAAAGGGAUGGCCCUGCGUGCUCUUUGCCGGCAAGGAUUGGGGCCACUGUGCUGCGCGGCAGCACCUCGCAGCGGAGCUUGCUGCCAGGGAUGUGCAUUUGUACCACGCCAGUGAGGAGGAUCAGCUGCCUUUGACUCCUGCCAAGGCCGCGAAGGCCUUACCCCAGCAUCCGCUGGCAAAACCUCGAAAAAAACGAGGCGUGACGGAAGGGUCGCCCUGUGCGCUGGCUUCCACCGCGCCGGACACAGUCUUUGAGGCGCUGGAAGAAGCAGCGACGCUCUUUGCACAGCAGCGACAAAAGGUGGUGGUGUGGUGGUUUGUCUCGGUGUGGUGA